AUGCAACCGUUUCUCGCCUGGGUCGAGAAAAGGACCGGAAUGAGACCACGCUCGGUGAGACCGGAAGACUUGUGUCUAAUACCCGAUGCAACUUCGCAGACUGGCUAUGCCCUUUACUGUACCCAGAGUUUCAGUGCAUCGGACCCCCCCUCCUCCCCCUCUAGCUCUCCGAAGAAGGAGGAGACACUAGAACUCAUUCACCAAGUUGGACUCCAGCUGUUAGAUUUUUCGGCUCUGAGCCCUGAAAUCGUCCGCCAUCUGGCACUCUCAGGUGCCAACGACGCUCGCACCAGACUCCUCGUUCACGAUAAGCGAAUUCUGGGGAUUCUCCACCAGGAACUGGAUGGCCUCGUUACGAAACAUCGUGUCUUAACAGAAGAGCAAGCUAACCUUCUUCGACGUCGAAUCGUGCCUACCAUCAUUCCGGGAUCGCCGGAAGCAAAGCAACUUCUGGAUCUGCAUCGUGAAGGGAAGCUCUCCAAAGAUGAUUUCAUUAUAAAACCAGCUCGCGACGCCCGUGGCCAAGGAAUAAAGUUCGGUGAUGAGCUCAGCGAAAGCUCUGAGUGGGGGGAAAUCCUCGCGGGUUUGCAGGCACCGGCGCUGAGCUCAGAUAAAACAACAUACGUUAUUCAGCCGAUCAUCAAACAAACGGAGGAAGAUUUGUUCCUGGAUGAGAAGGUCGGCGUGCAGAGAUGCCAACGAGUCGGGACCUACUACUCUGUGAACGGUAGCUUCGUCGGCCUCGGAGCAUGGAGGGCCAUUGUGGCCAGCGAAAGGGUUUGUAACAUGGCUACUGGAAAAGCCUGGAAGAUGGGAAGUGUGUUCGUGUCGCACGAGUAA